AUGCAGGGGAACAAGAAGGGAACAGACGGGUUCAGUGACACCUCCAGCAUUGGCAGCGUGCUGGACGACGCAGACAGGGAGGUGAGCAGCCUCACCGACCGGGCCUUCCGGAGCCUGUGCAUCUCAGAGGACACAUCCUUCCAGGACUCGGAUCUGGCCCUGUCCCCCGACAUCACACGCCAGGUGUUCGGCAAUGUUCACCAGGGCACCGUGAGCCACACCCAGAGGAAAAGUGGCCUUUGGAGCCAGUUACCCGUGCAGGGCACGGAGCAUACAGGCUGGGCGGCCACACUCCAACAGCAGCCCAAGUACGUGCAAGGGGAGGAAAAGUAUCCCAAGAGCAGCCCCCCACUGACUCCAGGCCAGAGGAGACUCGAGGUGCCUGUUUCUGGCCUGAGGAACAGCAACAGGCCAAUUUCGAAAGUCUCCUCGUUGAUUAAAUCUUUCGACAGCGCUGAGAGCCAGCACUCUGAUGGCAGACCUUCUACCUGCAAGCCUCCGGCUUUCAAACAUCCCCCUAAAUUUGCUCCCCUUCCAGAAAGCAGUGUCAACUUCUGCUUUGAUUCUGCUUUUCUGACGGUCAGGAGGGUUCCUGCAGAAGUCUCCGGCCCGCACCACAAUAGCCUUCAGCCUGGCAGGAACCUGGGAGAGCAGGAGAGCCCCAGUCACCCGGAAGCAGCCGCUCACAGCUCCAACAGCUUUCUCCCCACUCCGGAGGAUGCCGCCAGCUCAUUCGAGUGCAACUUCCCCCCGCCGCCCCACCAACCAGUCCCAGGAGAAGCUACCCGGGUUCCCAAAGGGACCUUUCUGCACAGUGAAAACAGUGCCUUUGAGUCGUGGAACGCCCGACAGCCCCGGCUGCUGGAGAGAAAGGAUGUGACUGACACUGUAUCUGACAGCAAAGGCCCGAAAUGCUCAGAGGACACAUCCUUGCUAAGUGAGCACCAUGGCCCCGAGCUGAGAGUGUCUCCCUGCCAAGUGCGGGCCAGCUGUGGUCAGGAAGAGAAGAGGCUGGCAGGAGACACACUUGCCACCGCUGGGCCCUGGGGUGCCAGGGAUCCUGGAACUCAGAUAUUUGCUCCAGAAGGAAACACUCCCGACACUCAGCCUGACCCUCCUCUGAAGCCAACUCAGGCCCCCUGGAGAAAACCAAAGUCAGGCAAAGGCAGACCUCGGGGGAGAGACAGCCAACAGGACACUGAUGAUCAGAGACGAGACUCGGCCUUGUAUACAAAGCAUCAUCCCCAGGGGUGCUUCCCAGAAAAUGGAGCACUGGACAUGCCCGUGGAGCUCCAGGAUCACUACCAUCCCCCCUUUAAUAUCAGCAAGCUUCUGACCCCCAUCAUCCCCACCAAGUAUGUCUUGGAGUCAGCUGAGGACCGACUGGUAGAGCCCCUGCCCUCACCACCGGGACAGCUAAAUGGAUACGAAGAGAAGGAACCCGAGGAGAAUCAGACCCAGGACAGCCACAAACCCAGAGCCCCGAGCCUGCUGUUCAUCCUCAAGGACGUGCGCAAGUGUGUGAAGAGCACAUACAGCCCCUCGCCUCUCUCGAAAGCCCAGCAAGAGCCCAUGAGCAAUGGGGUCCUCCUGCCCAAUGGCCUUGAGGACAGUCUGGAUGAGCAGGAGAGGGAUGGAGCAACUGACACCCCCACAGUGCCACACGCUAGUCCCCAGAAGGACCCUCCAGCCGAGCCCUGUGCAGCCUCAGCAGAUCACCACCUCACUGCCAGUUCUCCAGCUCCAGCCCAGAGCCCCUUCUGUGUCAACGGUGAGGCUGCCGACAGAAACAGCUCUGAGAAGGAUGACACCGAUGGAGAACCGGAUGUGGGAGUCACCACUUCCGGCUGGGGUGCAGACAGCAGGGAGCGAAACCCCAGGAAGCGCCUGUCCCUGCAGCUUGGCUGUGGUGGGCAACUCGAGUCCAGGACUGCAGCAGAGAAUUGGAAGACCCCCAGCCAACAAGAGGAUGGAUGCUUGAGGUCUAUCUCUCAAGAGGCAGAAUCCCAGAGGGAGGAAGCAAGACUUCAGAAUCCCAAUUUCAGCCAGAAGUUCUCCCCGGGGCCCCUCUCUCCUGAGGAGGAAGAUGUAUUCUACAGCGACACCCAGUCUGAUUUCAUGCCAGGUCUUAAAAGCAAGGCCAAGUUCAGCACCAGCUCCUCCGAUCAGUCCUUCGCAUCUUUUGAGGAUCAGCAGAAAGUGUGGUUUGUUGAGAGUCAGCAGGAAGACGGGACGGAUGAAGUAGGUUCAGGUGGCAGUGGGAAGGAAGAAGAGGAGCUGCAGGAGGGUCCCUUGGAGGACGGGCCUGCAUGCACAGAGGAGCUCAGCCAGGCCAGGGAUGUGAUGCAAGGAGAAAGGGAAAGUUUGUCUGGAGGCAGCCCUGGGAAGGUAUCAAGGGAGGAAGCUGACUUCAGAGACAGUUGGAAGAGGGGAAGUAAGGACACCACCCUGCCACCUGCCAAAGUCCUUACCCCGUCACCGUCUGCUGCUUCAAGUAAGCACCUGCUGUUUGCAAUCAAGGACAACACUCUCAGAGCCACGCCGGUGAUUAAGCCCAUCAUGCUGCCCCUCCUGAGGACCAUGUCCACGGAGGACCCGCUUGGCAACAGUGGGGGCCACAAGGAAAGGGGAUCACCAAGACCAGGCUGGGGUGAGGAUGCUGGUCUGUGUGUCCCAGAGACACAGAUGACACCUGCAGGCAUGCGAAGCCCAUUCUCAAGGUACCAGAACUAUGAGGAUCAGAGGCAGGGGCCCAGCAUGGCCGGGAUGGAGCCAGCUCCAAAGGAGGGUGUCCCAUCCCCUCCAUUCCUGGUAGAGAGCAAAGGAAUGAGGCCACCCUCAGAGGAUACACCUAAAGUUGGGGUGCGUGAGGGCAAGAGCAGGUCCACAGAAGGGGUGCCAGACACGCUAAGGAGCAUCCCCACCAUUGCCUUGCCCAAAGGUGACCUUAAGGACCAGUCUACUGUCCAGCACCUGGGAACCUGCAUGGAAGAAGAGACACAAGAUUUCAAGCAUCACCUUUUGCCUAUGCCCAGAGCAGGGCCACAGGGGCGAAGGCUGGUAUCCAGUGAGAUGGCAGCAUCCCCCAAUGCCAGCUCCCUGGAUGAGAGCAGCGCCUGCUCCCCCGUCUCAUGCAGCCUUUGGGAUGACCCUUCCCAAGCCCCCAGUGAGCGGACCCCCUGGGCCAGCCCCGGGCCAGCACGGCUCACCCGCAGGGAGGACCUGACCCAUGCCCUCACCUGGGACCCAGGAUGUGACCCCCAAGUUGAGCCAUGCGUGGAAGAGCUCAGGACGGUCUCUCCAAGGACCUCGCUGCUAGACUUGCCUACUAGCCUCCCUGAGAAAGCUGAACCCACCGCUCCUCAGGAGAGGGCAGCCAGCAAGCCCCCUGCAGUGCCACCCAAGACAGAGAAGGCCCUGCGGCGGGCAAAGAAGCUGGCCAGCAAGAGGAGAAAGCUCGACCAGAUGCAGGAGAAGCACGGGGAAGCCUGCAAGGACAGGGCCAGCCGGGAGGAGGGGCUGCCAUGCCCAGGAGACCAGCCCCAGCCCCGGUUCCCGGCCAUCCGCUCACUGCCACCUCCUGUGCACCGCCACUCCGUGUCCGCCUUCUCGGAGCCUAUCAACAGGGGCCAGCCUGGGGUGGCCCAGUCCCUCACCCCACUGCCCCCAUACCCAGCCACUCAGAAGCUCCUCCAAGACCCCCAGUCGGGAGAGUACUUUCUCUUCGACCUGCCUCUCCAGGUGAAAAUGAAAACCUUCUAUGACCCAGAGACAGGCAAAUAUGUCAGGGUCCCCAUCCCCUCUUCUGAGGGGGAUUCUCCCGAGCCACCCCCACCAGAUACACUGGCUGCUCCCUAUGUGCUGUACCCCGGCUUCCAGGCCCUACCUGUGACAGCCUUGACCCCCGUGCGCUGCUCCUCGCAGCUCUCUGCCCCCACCUUCCUCAGGCAGGGCCCUCUGGCCACUGAGGGGGCCUGCCCUGGCUCCCAGAGGAUCUCCCAUGCUGGCCUGCAGUCCAGCACAGAACCCCACGGCAACCCUGGCCAGUCCUCUGCAGAGGGAGGGCACCCAGAUGGGCCUCCAAGGGGCCCAGAGGAGGUGGGAGGGGAUGCAGGGAACCUAAACAUCAUCUCCACCACUGACCUGGAGGACUUUGCCACAGACGGCAUUUCCUGA